AUGAUUACUCGUGCUACAUGCAAUGAAUCAAAGCUAAAUAACUUCAGGUUAAAUGAUAUCAGAGCGAUUGACAUGAGCUUAAGCGUCCGAAAGAAUCUCUUGAAGGUUGGAAUAGAAGUUCCGUUCGAUGACGAGGAAUUAUGUGACUAUUUCGAUAAGCAGCCACUGUAUUUCUCGUUAGCAGUAAGGAAAGAUGUGCUCUUCAACGAAAACUCAAAAAUGAAUGCUCCAUCAUCAGAACAACUCAGAUUACGGGUAAAUUAUUCUNUUGGCCUCAUGAUCUCAGUUGCUUUUGCAGAACACCGGAAAUAUAAUAGUUUGAGUGAGCCAUUAUGA